AUGUCGAACAAUUCUGAGCCCAGUAUUAAUUGGGAUCCCUACGUUCAGGAUGUUAUCUCUGUUUAUAUCACACAGAACAAGACCGCUGAGGAGACAAUUCGGUAUUUACGCGAAAACCAUGGUUUACAAGUCACUCUAAGGCAGUUCAAGCACAAAUUCGGCGGGCAAAAGAACAUUACGGAGAAAGAGUGGACGACUGGCAUCAUUCCAGCAAUUAGGAAACGCGCUCUGGAAAACAAGGACAGCGAUGUCUAUAUUCAUGGAUAUAAGGUUGGCCCUAAACGUCUCAAGAGAGGCAUCGACAGAUACAUCGCUUCGGUGAGCCGAGAUUACAUAGAUCUCGAUACCUCAACAGUGAUUGGGGAAAAUCUCUGCGAUCGGCUCUGCAUUGCAACUCCUCCUCCAUGUCAUUCAGCAUCGCCACCUGCCAACCCUAAUCCCGAAAUACAACUUCUGCCUGGUACAUCCAUCGCUCCUCCCAUAGAGCAUAUACCCGAAGCGUAUUUGCAGGAGUAUAUAGACAACACGUUUGCAUUGAUGAUCACCGACGGAUUUUCGGAGUCAUUUGGAUUGGAUACUAGUUUGGACGUGUCACGGCUCACCCUUAUGCUAAAUCUGCCCUACUUCCAAUUAAAGUACCCUAUCCUGCAAGGCCCCAGCAGCCCUGGGAUUGUUGAUUACCUCUGUUCUGGCCUUUCCCUUGAUGGCCCAUCAGCCAAUGGAUCAUUCGAUAUACCAGCGACUACCGACCAACCUUCAAAUGACUUUUCACACAUGCUCGCAAAGGUCAUUGGCUUCCUCUAUCAAAGCCAGGCUGCGGAUAUUAUCCCUUCUUUUGUUACUAAGCUCCAGGCUCUGAUACCAGAACGAUACCCUGGUGAGCUUAACGCCCAAAUCCAAGCGCUCUCCGAUCCCUCUCAAAAGCCAUCCAUUUCUCAACUUUUCGAAGUUGUCGCCUACUUUUCCUCCAAUAAUAUGCUGCAAAAACAUCAAGUAGCGGCAUUUAUCGAAUGGGUAAUUGAGCACAAUUAUUUGAAGCCUCUUACGCUCUUCUUGCGACAGCGACUGGACAUGCUUACUGUGAAAGCAUUCCUUGCCAGCCUUGUCGAAGCUGGCGCUCUUAUACAAAACACAGAAUUUCUAAGGCAACUCUACGCGAUUGGUGCUAAAUUCGACCAUGCUGCGGCACAGCUCGUGAAGAUUAAUGACCUAGAGUUUCAGACCUUCGUGCUGUCCACCCUGGAUCCAGAAUUGCUUAAAGGAGAGCCUGGAGGUCGUCUUCUUCGAUCCGUGGCGCGUACACAAAACAUCGAAGUGGCAGAAGCAUUAAUUCAAGCCGGGGCCGAAGUCAACAUUAGUCUAUCAGCGGAGGUGCCGACACCUCCUCUUUGGGAAGCAGUUGACGACGCUGGAUUUGAGAUGGUGAAAUGUCUAGUCAGAGCUGGAGCAGACGUGAACCAACGUUCUUUUGCGGGUCCUACCAGCCAUACAACUAUGCCUUUGUCUCUCGCGGUGUUUAAAGGGGAUAAAAGAGUCGUUGAAUAUCUGCUAGAUCAGAAUGCGGUGAUAAAAGGUUCCGUGUCCGGCAUGCCACUUCUUCAGUACGCGGCGGCCAGACGUGAUCCGGAUGUUUACAAACUUCUGCUGAAGAAAUCGGGGAGCGUGCCUGUGGAUACCGUUGGUCAGUUAGUAAAAGCCGCAGAUUCAGAAGCUCGACUUUUGGAAUAUCUUUCCCAACAUCCCCGAGUCUCCGAAAGAAUGCUCGAGCAAGCCAUGGUCGUGGCAAUAGAGAAUGAAAAUCCCCGGGCAGUUGUCAAUUUUCUACAGCACGGAGUUGACCCCAAUGGUUCUCAUUUACCAGACUUUGUAGACCGCCCUUUGGUCAUCGCGGUUACACUGGAUCCUCCGUCAUCUAGCCUCCAAUAUACAGCCCUCUUGAUUCACGCCAAAGCAGACGUCAAUAUCGAUGGCCUUUUGGAUGAGAUUAUUUGGCAGGAAUGUGACUCGGAGGAAGAUUACACUGCUGUCGUCAAUAUAUUGAUUAACGCAGGACUUGAUCUCACAAAAUAUGGUCCUACUGCAAUUGAGAGGACCAUGCGAUGUGAAGAUACGGAUAUUCUAGUCCUCUUAAUUGAUAGGGGCGUGUCUGUUAAUAGUUACGGACACAGAGCUACCCCUUUCCAAGCAGUUGCCCUGAAUCAUAAUCUUGAGCUCCUGCAAUAUUGUUUCAAGAAAGGGGCCGAAGUUAACAAGCCAGCUUUUCCCGUACGAGGGUAUACAGCCUUACAAGCUGCAGCUAAGGCUUAUUCAAUAGAGAAGAUACAAUUUCUUCUCAGCGUGGGCGCUGAUAUAAAUGCCCCUCCGGCCGUAACGGGUGGGGUGACGACCCUUGAAGCUACGGUCCGGCCAUGGGAGGUGUUCUUGAUCGACAAGGACGAAGAGGAUAGUGAGGGACGGCAUCGUGAGGAAGGAUAUGAGAUGUACAGUCAUCUUACGGAGACUUUCAUUUUCCUCCUUAGUAAAGGCACAGCAGCGAAUCGUCUAGACGGAUCGAGUAGCCCGUUACUUCACGAUAUUAUUGAACGUAGAGACACUCACCUCCUUAAGCUAGCCCUUGAAGCAGGAGCAAAUACAAUUCAUCGAUGGAAAACGCUAUCCUCAUCAUGGUGCGAAAGAACGCCGCUUCAGCUUGCAGCAGAAAUGGGUCAGGUGGAGGCUGUGAAGCUUCUUCUUGAUCACCAGGCAGAUCCGAAUGCCCUACCAGCACAUCGCCAUGGGAUGACAGCUCUCCAAGCCGCAGCAUCGUCGGAAACGGCCUGCAUAGAGACGAUAGAAUUGCUUUUGGCUGCAGGUGCUGCAAUCAACGCAGACCCCGCUGCUUCUGGGGGUAUUACUGCCCUGCAGGGCGCCGCAAUCAAGGGACAUUUUCAGAUAGCGAUGUUGCUGAUCGAAAAGGGAGCAGAUGUAAAUGCCCCUCCUGCGAUAAAAGACGGACGUACGGCAAUUGAAGGAGCUGCAGAGCAUGGGCGGUUGGAUAUGGUACAGAUGCUGCUCAACGCAGGCGCAAUUGGAGAUGUUAUCCGAAAGACCGGCCUCAUGAAGGCUAUCAGUCUAGCCAGAGAGAAUCGCCAUUUUGCUGUUGUCGAGUUACUCGAGGCUCGAGGAGAAGGGAUGAGCUCCUUCCUUUGA